AUGACUUCGCUUUGGUGGACAAUUUCACUUUUGCCCAAGUUGGGAUUCCUCUAUCUCCUCUAUGCCCUCUUUUACUCCAUCCUGAAGUAUACCCUUGGCAGGGCUCUCUUUUCAAAGCGUAAACAGCUGAAAGCUGCCGGCGAUUGGGCAGUAGUCACAGGGGCAGCCUCUGGAAUUGGCCGCGGUUUCAGUCGCGAACUAGCAAAGGACGGACUGAAUGUCCUGCUGGUGGAUGUGAACGCAGAAGGGGUUGCGAAAGUAGCCAAGGAAAUCCAAGAGGAAUUUAAAGUUCAAGCAAACACUUUUGUUGCUGACCUAUCAGAUGUAAGAUUUUCCGUUUAUGGACGUUUUCAAUAGGCACCGUUAGAAUUGUUCGCUAUACAGUGCCCAUAAGUCGUAGUACACGGUCCCCCAAGGUUUAAUGGCGCGAGGUUUAAAAAUUCACCUAAUAAGAAAAGAUUACUAGCUACGCAUCUGCACAGGCAAAGAAAUUUUGAUUUUUUCCUUAUGCAGGUGCUACCCUGAUAAAAGCAAGAUUUUUCACAAUGAAGGAUUUUAGCGAAACGAGUAUUAUCCUCCUCGCUAAACCAUGAUGAAUCUGUCCGCGCCCACAGACGUACCGGAAAGGCUUUUCAGUUACAUUUCAUAGAUGAAGUAAUGAAAAUGUUCUGUACACGUUACGAAGGUAGGACACAAAAGUUGUAAUUUUUCGAGGCGCUGAAAAAGGGAAAAACGUGUUUGCAUGGGGCUACAGAACUGAAAAACGCAAAAUAUAAAUUAGAACCUGUGCAUAUCUUGGAACGUGUUGGUUUGCACACGAUGACUUCUUAAAAGUAUCUCUGACCAUGCUACCGAGACAGACAACCAUUGAGAAGUGAGAGUCUUUCCUCUGUUUUUGAUGGUUAACAGUAGCAACUGUCCUGACAAGAAAUUCAUGACGAAACUCUUUUCAAAACCGCUCUCUGAAAAUAAAUUCUUUAGCUCCAAGUAGUUUAUUACCUCAAAUUAUUUUUUGACAAUUCCCAGUUCGUUUAAUUUUGAUUUUUCCGAAUCCGUCCCCUUAAGACGUUAUAAUUUUUUAUGUUGGUAUUAAGGGACGUCAGAAGCUUCGUGAUAUUGUUGUAUAUUCAUGGUAGAUAAAUACGAUUCUCACGUGACGUGUCGGAGAGGGGAGAAGUGCUCAGGGGGGAGGUUCAUUAAGGGUGUGACAAUUAGAGUAAUGACUUCGAUCAUCCCACCUCAGAGACUCGCGAGUCCUGUUAACAGCUCUCGUUAUGUGGCGCGUUUUUCCCGAUGCACAAGUCAUCAGUGCGACUGCUGGGCUCAGUCGGAUUCCCGUUUUUGAAGAUGGGUGGUCGAAGUUAUUACUUGAAGCGUCAGACCCAAAAUAAACCUUGCCUCCUGAGUACUCCUUCUUUUGCCGUGUCUUAGCAUACUUGGUGAGCAUAUUAGUCUUCUUAACAAUGCCGAUACGAGCGCGGAUACCGGAAUAUAUGCCUUCUAAUACACCCCUGAAAGGUGACUAAGUGAGGAUGCCACUCUAGCUGAGCUGGUUUGUUUUUGGUACCAGACUUAGAGAAGUGAACGUUAGAAAUGAGUUUUCGUGGAAGCGGAAGCGACAGCGACGAGUAGCACACUAUGAAUGUCUUUGACUUACCCGCUUCCCUCGGCCAGCUCCUUCGAUAUCAGGGAAAUUUAAAUUCUAGACCAAUGCAAACGGAGAGUAACGGCAUAAUCGAAAAACCGUCAGUCUUUACAUAAUCUUGUAGUAAUACGACCAAAAAUCAAUGAAAUUACCUAACAAACGAUUCUUUAAAAGAAAAAAACUGAGAAAUUCGUUGGACUCACCGAAUCAGAAGAAUUGCAUGUAUGACGUUUUGGAGGGCUUGGCCAGCUAUCUAUUAUCAAAGCGUUUUGCGCAAAACAAAUUAUACUUCACGGAAAACAUGCAUAAAAAUAUUCAUUCUUUUACUUAUUUGGAAGAUAAUUACGUCUUCUUCAGCUUUUUUACUUGAAGGAAGGUAAUAAUUCGGUUUUAAAAACUUUUCAAAUUCCUGAAUUAUUUUAAUCCGUGAAAUGUCCGUUCAUAAGACAUUUUGCCUCUGCAUUUGCUAAUAUGGCUUGUAAAGUUUAUAAUACGGCUCAAGUCCACUGCCAAAUUUUAUGAACCCCUAAUGGUCACCUUCUAAUACCGUAGAGAUAUAUACGGUUUUUAGAAGAAGAAAAUUGGCUCUCCGGAACAGGGUUAUUUAACUGCUGACGUUUCAAAGAGCUGGGUCGGCUCUUCAUUGUCAAAGCGUAAACUGCACUUAAUCGAUCAGAAAUUUAAUUUAAAAUGGCAAGUUGUGUUGGCCGGCCUCAUGCUGAUCGAUUUUUUCCUCUCCUCCCGCUGCGUCGGCCUCUCGGGAAAUUGUUGACGGGCGUUUUGCCUGUGUGCUUUAUGAAUCACCACUCCGUCGAGGGCAGCUGAUUGGACUUUAGUCGGGCGGGCGGUCGGUCUGCCGGUUCUUGUUCUUCCUCACCGAGUAAGCUCAGCGUCGGGCUAUCACCGUGCGGCCUUCUUAAGUCCGGUGGGGUUGUUUGGUCCUGAGUUCUACGAUUGUAAUGACGUAGGACUUUGUAAGCUGCAGGAAGGUCCAGAUGCCUGUUGAGAGAGUGGGCAUCGGAGAACCACGCCUCGAAAGUUAGCCGUUCUGUUUUUGUGUUGCCUCGGCUUAAGAUGGUAGUCCUCUGGAGUUCAAAAGUAUGCCCCUUUUCUCCAACGUGUGUUGCAAGUUGAGAGUUAGGGUCUAACUUCCGAGUGGCCGAUCUAUGUUUCUGUAGGCGAGUUUGCAAUUUCCACCCGGUUUCGCCCACAUAGUUGCAGUCGCCCUCAUUGUAAUUUAUUUUGUAGAUAACUGCUGAGGUUUCAGCGGGUGGCAAUGGGUCUUUAGGUUGCAUCAGGCGACGUCGAUUUGUUGCUUGUGGUCGAUGGGCUAUGCCUGCUGUGGUGGGUUGUAACAGUCGCGAGACCGCUUCAGAAACCCCUUUAACAUAAGGAAUGGCCCUCCAGACUUCGGGUUGCUGCUCAUUUGGCCGUUGUCUGGGCGCCUAACGUCUGCUUCUCUCGAUGAAAUGCCUGGGAUAACCAUUGGCUUGUGGUUUUGAAACCCGGAAUGCAAUUUUAACGUCAAGUAAAAUUCAAAAUAAUUUGGAAUAAGAAAAGUUUUUAGAACCAUUUUAUACACUUCCCUCAAGCAUAAAAUCUGAAGAAGACCUAAUUUUCUUCAAAAUAAGUAAAAGGAUGUAUAUUUUUAUGCAUAUUUUCCAUAAGUAUAAUUGAAUUUCUAAGGAAAUUGAAAAUCAAUGAGAAAAAUUCAGGCUAUUUGAGUACUUACUCUUUACAGGGUGUGGUUUUUUCAGGCGACCAAAAAGAAGUUCAUUCAAAAGUCGGCAUCCAGACGUAACUGAAUUACUACAGAAUUUCGCAGCACAAUGAUUGAUUUUGCAAUCCUACUUAAGUAAUCUUUUCAAAACGAAAACGCAUUUAAGAAUUUCGGUUAACAUUUCAUGAGUUGGCGCAUCUACUGUAGAUCUUUCUGCGGCUAUAUAGUCCUACGUCAUUACAUACGCCAUGACCAAAAAAAGACGGUCAAAUUGAUUUCAAAAUACCAAGCAAAUACGGCCAGUUGGCUAAUUCACCCGAAAGGGGAGCACAGGUGCGACCAAUCCCAUGUAGGUAAGAAACACACAACGCAGGAUGCCUCCAAGAUUCACAAACAACGACCGGAAGGCCAGGGCAACAAAAGAAGAAAAAGUCCACCAGCUAAGACCACAAAUAAUUCGGCCGUCUGUUUAAAAUUCUGGCUAAUUUUUUUGCGCUAAACCCUCUCAUAGUGGAUAGUCGGCCAAGCCCUCCAAAAUUUCAUCCAUGCAAUUCCUCUGAUCCAGUGAGUCCUACACAUUUAUCGGAUUGUCGACUCGGAUACUUUACGUUUGCUUACCUUAACUGCAUUAAACUGUCCCGGAAAAAAUAUUAAACAUUUAAACAGCCGCACAUAAAUAAUUGGUCAGCUUUGCGGAUGCAGUGCGAUAUCCUUAAAUCUUUAAAAAAAACAUCCUUUCCUGACUGAUUUACAAUAAAACAUUGUAAAUUGACCUUCUUUAAUUUUUACUUUCAUCUGCUUUCAUUUUUCUUGCCGAUUCCGCUUUUUUCUAGAUUCGAUGUUUUAAGGGAUUAAAGGAAGUCAUCGAUGGCCUGUCAUCAGUGGCCUGUCUUAUUAAUAACGCCGGUACAGCAUCAGGCAUGAACGAGCACUUUCUUGACACUGAGAAGUGUACUUUUGAUUCCAUCUCGUUCGUUAUCAACUUGAAUGUUCUGGGCUUCACCUGCGCCACAAAGGCAGUCAUGGAAAAGCUCUGUGAGGAUGCCGCCUCGAGAAGACCUUUCCUCAUCAACAUCAGUUCCAUAAACGCUUUAAUUAAACCACGCGGGUUACCAGUCUACUCCGCCAGCAAGUCCUACGUUAAAACGAUGAGCGAGUGCCUAGCGACGGAUCUAGCAACGCGUGGCGUCCGAGUGCAGACCUACAUGCCCUGUGCUGUGGCAACGAAUCUUGCGAAGGUGUCCCCUAUGUGGCCAAUCAUCCCCUCACCGGAGGAGUAUGCAGCAUCUGCCUUAGACAUGCUUGGAGUUGAAAAAAAUGGCUGCGGCUACUUCUUCCACGACCUUCAUUACUUUGCGUUUAAAGUCUUGCUAACCGCCCGCAGACUGUAUGAUAUCUGGUGCAUGUCAUUUAAAACGCCUAAAGAAUCUGCCAAGAGGGAAUAG